AUGGGGAUAGAACCGGACAUGAAGUUCAAGAGCUAUCUUGUUUACAAUCGUCCCAAUUUGGAUCUUCUGAUAAAGUUUCUUAAGACACAUGACACCAGCUAUGUGCUAUGGACAACAGGGAUGAGACGAAAUGCAACGAAUCUGAUCAACCAUUUGAGCCAUGUAGGGUUUAAUGAGUAUUUGGGCUGGUAUUCGCAACUUGAUUGCAAGGCUGGGAAGGUAAAACUUGAUUCUGAAUGCAAUCUAUGGGUUAAAGACUUGAAUGUCGUUGCAAGAAACCAUAAUGUUGAUGUUGAAAGAUGUAUUCUUGUUGAUGACAGCAUCGACAAAUCGGUUCAUACUCAAAACUUUAUCUGCUGUCCUGAGUAUAUACCUGGAACAGAGGAUGACGGGAUUAAGUAUAUUUGUAAACAUCUAGAUGACUUUUUUGAGUGUAAAGAGGAGUGUAUUGCCAAAAAGUUGGUAUAUGGCGAGAAAGGAUGA